AAUUUAGCAUAGAUAUGGUUGAUCUAUUUGGUGGCGAAGAAGUAUACAACGAGGAAUAUGAAGUUGAAGACUGUCAAGUUUACAGGAAUUCUCCUAAGUGUACACCAUGUAAAAAGUGUGAAAACGCAGAAGGACUAGACUAG